CUAGGACCGAGUCUACUCCAUAAUUGACUAGGCAGGUAGGCUACACAUACACGUAGGCCUACACAGCCACAGGUAUUCAUCUUAUUAUUUCACUGACAUUAUUGGUGAGAAACUGCCUGUAAACUCGAGGGAUCUCAUGUGCGUCAUCAUGGUGGGCCACACUUUGUCGUCAGCAUCCCGGACUGGAAAGCACCAUUUGUCAUAUCUUUACAUAAUUCUUUCCUGGAGUGUUUUCUUUGGAGCAGUUAUCAUAAGGACUACAUCUGGACAAUUGGUGCCUGCGAGUAGUGUAAAAAGAAACUUCCCCGUGCCUUUCAAUGUUGCAAAAUUAAAACCAUUGACCACAACACCGGGUCAGAGUACAUGCGGAAUACCGUCACGGAGUACAUUCUGUCAAAGUACGACAUCAGAGUCUUCUAUCACUCAGUGUACGCUUACUAACUGUAUACAAGAAUGCCCGCAACGGACUACCCUCCCCUCCCAGCAAGAACUUUUAAAGGAGGUGACGUCAGAUUGUAUCAGUAAGGAAAGUGUUAAUAUUCGUCCUGGGAGUUUGAUCGGAUCGUACUCGCUGGCAUUUACUGGGAAGACGGGAUGUUUUCUUACUCCGCCGCAGAAUGUAAUUCUUGGAAGUAACGGAGCGUUAACUUUUACUGCAUGGAUUUGGAGAGCUGAGAAAAACAAUGGAACUCUCAUAGAAAAAGCAAGUCUUGCUGGCGAGACUAUCUUCAAACUGAUCGUCAGCAGGGAUGUGGUAAUCUUUACCUUCAAGUCAACAGCAAACAAGGUUGAAACUGUCUUCUUCCAUACUAUUAUCCAACCAAAGACAUGGACUCACUUGGCUGUGCAGAUGUACCAGGGUGACAUCAGUUUCUACGUCAACGGACUAAAGCCUGGGUUCUCUGCCGCUUACUCCAAAUAUGUCCGAUUCUCUGUGAAAGAUUCGUCAAGUGGCGUUCAAGUCCGUAUUGGUAGCAGUGUGGACGGUUCUCAGCCAUUCGAAGGAAAUCUUCAAAAUUUUCACUUCUUCUCAUCAGUCCUUACUAACAGGGAAAUCCAGGAAGUUUAUGAUGGUAAAUUCCCAUCCGUCCCCAUCCAGUCAGAAUGUCGAUGUCCCUCCUCCCACCUGAAGGUCCAGCCGGUCAACAGCAGGUUCUGCAUUAGAAACGGAGUGGCCAGUAAUACAGAUGAUGAAGUGAUUCGAAUGAAUGGAGAUUCCCAUUUGCUCGCCUACUUAAACGAUGAUGACUCAAAUACAAUCUGGGUGUCAUCAGCUAACCUGGAUAAAGUUGCUUUCACAGUCAGCCUACAGGACCUUUUCCAGGUAUUCUUUGUGGUGUUGGACUUCUACAGUCCCUUUCCCGAUGCUGUAAUCAUCGAGAGGAAGAAGAACUCGACCGCCGCCUGGCAACAAUGGCAGCUCUACGCAACAGACUGCAAGGCCAGGUUCAAGUUGGAUAACAAUGGACCGCUUAAGACGACUGAUUCUGUCAACUGUAUACAAAUUGGCGGGACAUACAUCCCUGGCAAUUUCUCCAAGGGGAGCAUUAUGUUCACUGUAUUGUCAGAGGAGGUGGGAAUGUCACGACCUGGCUAUGAUGACUUCUACAACACGCCGGUCCUGCAGGAGUUUGUGGAGGCAGAAGAGAUACGUGUGACCUUGAUGGGCCAUUUCUCCGUGAUCCAAAACCCACAGUUUGAUCCUAAACACAAAUACUAUGGCCUGUCGGAAUUCACUGUCAGUGCAAGGUGCCAGUGUAAUGGUCACGCUGUUAAGUGUAACACUGACUCGAUGCCUUACACAUGUGAAUGUCUUGCAGAGAGUUACACUAAUGGAAAUAAGUGUGAGAAGUGUCUACCACUGUACAAUGACAAACCAUUCCGUAAAGGUGACCAGACGAACGCAUACAACUGCAAACGCUGUGACUGCUACAACCACGCUGAUAGCUGUGUCUACAACGCCACCUAUGACUCUGCUCCUAAUGACCACUCAAAAGGUGGCGGGGGUGUCUGCGUCAAUUGUAAACACAACACGGUUGGUCAGAAAUGCGACCGCUGCAAGGCGCUCUACUACAGAAAGGUCGGGGGUAAUUUGAAUGAUAUUGACGUCUGCUCCCCGUGUAAUUGUUACAUUAAUGGUGUCAAAAACAAGGCGAUGGAUUGUGACAAGAUUGGAGGCCAGUGCACAUGCCGUGAUAAUGUCGAUGGACGUCAGUGCAACCAGUGUGAGAAAGGCUUCUUCAACUUACAAGCCAGCAACGCUCUUGGAUGUGACGCCUGUAACUGUAACACAAAUGGAACCAACAAUGGAGACAUCACGUGUCAGCAGCUGACUGGGGAAUGUACUUGUAAAAAGCACGUGGAAGGGGACAAAUGUGACAAAUGCCAGCGGAAAUAUUUCAACCUCUCAAUAGACAACAAAGAUGGCUGCAGCUCUUGCGACUGCAAUCCUAAUGGUAUCACCAAUGCUGGAGACUGUGAUCCAAAAACUGGAGCCUGCGCGUGCAAGCCCAAUAUCGCAAGUCGCCAGUGUGACCAAUGUGCGGAUAAAUAUCACGACUUUUCGAAAGGUUGCAUCCCGUGCGGUUGUAACCUGCAGGGUUCGGCUAGUACAACUUGUGAUAAGAACACCGGGCAGUGCGUCUGUAAACCAAACGUCCAGGGUUUAAAAUGCGACCAAUGUAAGGAUAACUAUUACAAUCUUGGUGUCUCUGCAACCCUUGGAUGUGACAGCUGUGGUUGUGACCAACGAGGAACCAUCAACGGGACGAGAAUUUGCAACAGAAGUAGUGGACAGUGUCCGUGUAAGGGGAAUGUGUUUGACAUGAAAUGUGAUAAGUGUAAAGCCCAGAUGUGGAACUUGAAUGAGACGAACCCAGAGGGAUGCCAGAAUUGUGACUGUGACGUGCAGGGGACUGUCCAGGGCAAGUUGAAUUGUGAUCAGAACACAGGCCAGUGUACUUGUCUGAGUCAGCGGACUGGGAGACGGUGUGAGAAAUGUAUAGAUGGUUAUCAUGUGAAGAAUGCAACUGCCGGUGGUUGUACCGAGUGUAAAUGUUCGAACGGCGCCCUUGAUGGGACAGUCUGUGAUCCCAUCACGGGGCAGUGCCAGUGUAAGGGCAGCUCCACUGGUACAACAGGACUGAAAUGUGACAAGUGUUUACCAAAGUUUUAUGGAUUCGAACUGAAAACUGGGCUUUGUAGCGCAUGUGCAUGUAAUGAGGCCGGUAGUGUCAACGGCACGUGUGAUGGCGCCACGGGACAGUGCUAUUGUAAGUUGUUCGUCCAGGGGAAGCGGUGCGAUACAUGUGAACCAGGCGCCAGUAUUCUGGACACGAAUAAUAUCUAUGGCUGCAGCAAAACUCCUGCUCAGCAGCCAGCUCCCCAGUAUACAGUUGUCAACGCCACCGCAUUACGUCUCACCUGGAGUCCACCCGACUACCCCAAUGGAAUCAUAUUGCAGUAUUUCCUCUUUAGAGAUGGACAGCAAAUAUUUGCGUCAUUCUCCAACAGUUCUCAAGGAAUAAAAGCUGCUAGGGAAAUGACAGACAAAGGUCUUACAGCUUACACAGAGUACAAGUACUUUGUUCAGGUUUGGAAUAUCCAUGGAAACGCCACAAGUCAGACAACGAUUGCAAGGACGCCCCCUGGGGUACCAGAAGGGAACCUUACUUUAUCCGUAUCAACGAUGCGGAAACGUUCUGCAACGUUGUCGUGGGCGCCGCCGAAGAAAUCAAACGGACCAAUCAAAGAGUACAUUUUGUCGUCGACAACUGCGAGUGAUUCGAAGCCAACUGAGCACUGGAAGGGGAGCGAGACUACAACAACAGUGCAGUUUCUCGUUCCGUUCACAAACUACACAUUCUCGCUCAAGGCAUGCACCACGGGUGGUUGUCUGACGAGCGAGGCCGUCACGGGUCAAACCAAGAUGGACGCUCCUGAGAAACAGGCUGUGCCGAAGAUCACAGCUUUGUCUGAGGUGUCUUUGUAUGUGGGAUGGGAGCCCCCGGCUCUUCCCAACGGCAUCAUCAUCAUGUAUGAACUGUGGAUGAGAGGACUCAAAGACCAGACAGGAAAAUACGAUCCGCCGGAAAAGAGAAUCUUCAACCCAACUGGUCAAUACAACCCCCGCUCAACAGCUGCUCCAGAGAAAAAUGCCUUGGCACCACCGGCAACCAACUUUACUGUUGAUAACUUGAGGGCAUUCACGGUCUACCAGUUCCAAGUUACAGCCAAGAAUGAGGUUGGUCAGACAGUCAGUGACUGGACCAAUGGGACGACGAAAGAAGCAGUGCCACUUUCAAUGCCAACACCUGUGAUUCUUGGAGUCAACAGCGCCACGCUGAAUGUGACUUGGAAAGCGGCCUCCCAAGAUGAGGCGAGGGGCGUGAUUGCCCAAUACCGGGUGUGGCAGUACAAGGCGACCAAUAGGACUCUCUUUCCCUUCAUACCAAUCAUUGAAGAGAACGUGUACACUGCCCAGGGGAAUGAGACAUUCUAUGUUGUGAAUGGUUUCCUGCCUUACACUGACCACAAGUUCAAGAUCGAAGCAUGCAAUACCGCAGGCUGUGUGAACAGCACUGAUGCUAUUGGGAAAACACUUGCUGCAGCACCAUCUGAGAUGCAGCCGCCAACUGUGGAAGGUUUCAAUUCCACUGUAAUGGAAAUAAAAUGGCAGCCUCCCCUGAAAGCAAACGGUCCGCCCCCGCACUACCUCGUGGAGAGAACGACCGUCGCAUUGAACUCCCCACCCCCAAAGGUGAUCAGGGGGACGAGGUUCACCGGUGCGGGAUUCUAUAAAUUUCCUGCCAAGACGAUCCCGUAUGAUGUGGGAUUCACCGGGAUUGAUUUCUGGUUUAAGACGCGGCAAAAGGACGGACUGAUUCUGUUCAGCGCAUCCGAAGGGCGGCAGGAGGAGAUGAUAGCUGUUCAGAUGAGGGGAGGUCGGCCUUUCUUCAUAUUCAACCCACAAGGUUGCGCCACUGCCGUAGAACCAGAUCCAAGCAAGGACGGUAACCGCUCUUACGGUGACAACACGUGGCAUCGCUUCGUUGCUAGGCGGACCGAGAAGUCGGGAGAAGUUACUGUGGAUGACACGUAUAGAGGGACUAAGAACAGUACAUGUGCCAAGGGCAGCAUGAUAGGUAUCAGCACUGGCAUCUACCUCGGAGGUGUACCCAACGAUUUUGAAAUCCAUCAGGCCCAGCAGAACUCGAGGCUUCAAGUUUUGAACACUGCCUUCCAAGGCUGUUUGAGAGAUGUCAAGUUCCUUCAGCAAGUCAGCCCCGCGGAUGUUUGGAAGGAUCUAGAUUUUGCGACCGCUGAAGUUAAUGAGCAGGUGCUUCCGAGCUGGGAGGGAUGUCCGAUCGAUCUUCCCAAAGGCGAUCAUUUCUUAGGGAAGGGAUACGCUGGUUUCAACUCCACAGUGCUACAGUCCGAGGAGACCUAUGCAAUCCAGAUGACAAUUCGCACAGAAUUCAAAACUGGUCUGUUGCUUUUCGCUCACGGAGCUGUCGGGCACUACACUUACGCCCAGUUAAAGGAUGGAAAUAUAGAGUAUGGCGUCCAUACACCCACGCUCAAGAGGACCGUCACAUACCCCAGCAGCAUUGUAUCAAUCUGUGACGGAGGAUGGAGGACCAUCAAACUGGACAAACAGCAGGAGAAGUUAUCAAUUCAGGUCGAUAAUGAGAAAGUUGUAUCAGAAGGUGACCUGACUGGCUCACUGAAGGCCUUCCACACUGGCAUUGUAUAUGUAGGAGGGAUCAUGGCUGACUCCCAGGCUUCCAAAUUUAUCAAAGACAGUGACAUAUCGAAAUUGAUCGUUCCAGAAGGUUUUGGUGGUUGCAUGAAAGACAAAAUCGUCUUCAGGGAUACCGCAGACAAUCCCUUCAACAUCUCCAAACAGUAUGUCCACCUGUUGAACGUCCAUCUCGACGGAUGUCCCCCGAAUAUCACCAGCACUGCGCCGUGCCAAGCCAAGAGUACGGUACAGAUAACAAAUACUACAGCCAACAUGACGUAUGAUGAGGGCCUGGGUGUAUUCUCUGACUAUAUCUACAGAGUGGUGGCUGCAAAUAGUCAGGGCAGCACAGCGAGUACAUGGGUCAGUGGAAGGACGAAAGAAGGGCCACCUACUGGAAUUGUGAAACCUCAGUCAGCUACUGCACUAACUGGCUACAUCAUCAAGGUGGCAUGGACAUCUCCCACCGGUAACACAGGUUUGCUGACCAAGUAUAUCCUGAAGGCUUACGUCACAGACAAACCUGAGGUUGCUCCCGUUAUGGCCCCAUAUCCUCCAAGUAUUAAUACCGACAGUUAUGAGGGCAACAUUACAACUGCUGUUCCUUACACAAACUACACAGUUAAACUUGAGGCCUGUACCAGUGGUGGCUGCACAGAAAGCAAAGAUGGGAUCAUUGUCAUUACAAAAGAAGAAGCACCCGAAAAUGUAUCAUCACCAACUGCUGUGAUGGUCGGUGCCACCUUCAUUGAAGUAUCCUGGACGGAACCCUCAAAACCAAAUGGAAAAAUAACGGGAUAUUUUCUAAACAUGGAUGGUCAGUCGAUCUACAGUGGAGCUCUGUUGAGUAAAAAUGCCACAAAUUUGAGAGUCUACACCACCUACAGAUUCCAGGUGAAAGCAUGCACUGUUAUCGGCUGUACGGACGGUCUGUCUGUCCAGUUGACAACAGCAGAGAAAGCGCCGUCGUCAGUGGACCCGCCGACGCUGAGGGUGCAGGGAAAACGUGAAAUCAGGGUGGAAUGGAAGAGGCCCUUAGAACUGAAUGGAAAGUUCCAGCGAUAUAUCCUGUAUGUUUCAACCAAUUCGAGUUCACUUGGGCCAGUUCAGUAUAACAGUAGCGAGGAGUUUUUUGAUUACGUCCUUAAGAAUCUACUGGCUGGGACCACCUACUACAUCAGUUUGUCGGCAUGUACCGGAGGAGGUUGUACAACUAGCAGCCCUAGCAAUGCCACGACAGAGGAAGAUUCACCCGAAGGGGUCCCUGCUCCUGUAGUUGUCUCUCCCAGUCCGUAUGAGCUGAUCAUCACAUGGGGAAUACCACAGUAUCCGAAUGGUGAAAUCACCCAGUAUGAGGUGUGGCACAAUAACGUCAAGGUCUACAACAUUUCCGGCCGUGGGGAUAGGAAGCACCAGAUUGGUGGCCUCCUGCCCUACACUCUCCAUAUCUUCUUCAUCCGAGCAUGCACCAGGUUGGGCUGUGGAACUAGCAAUGAAACAAAGAUACGGACCCAGGAGGCAAAACCUGAGGGUACCAUUGGUUUAACAUUGAAGGUUAACGAUGCGAGGAGUGUAAUCGUGUCUUGGACUCAGCCAGCUAAGCCGUACGGUGUGAUGAAAUAUGAUGUUUACUUCAGUGGCUUGUUUUAUGUUGACCCAGCAAAAUGGAACUACUUGACAACUCAGGCCACAAGAAGUCUCCUGAAUACUCUUGAGUUUGGCAAAGACUUCACCAUCGAUGGCCUGAUUCCGUCCUCUACAUAUGAUGUGACUGUGAAUGGGUCCAACUCCAAGGGUUACAUAAUGAGCAACAAUAAGAAAGCAUCAAUGCCGGAAGGAUCUCCUGAUGGUGUCAAACCCCCGACACUCAUCUCCCCUACAUCAACAUCCCUCAGGAUCACGUGGGAACAAGUCGGGAGAGCCAACUCGAAUCGGCAGCCAUUGUUCCAAGUGGACUUCAGAGAGAAGGUUUCUGGAGCCAAGUCAGAAAUGCUCUUCCAACAACCGACCACCUCCACCUCCUUCCUGAAGACUGACUUACAAGCCUAUAAGGAGUAUGAAGUCAGACUUAAUGCCAGUAACAGCUUGGGAUUCACGCUCGCUGGAUGGGUGUCAGGAGUCACCCUUCAAGACAAGCCUGGUUCCUUUGACCCACCCAUGGUUAGGAAUGUAGCUCAGAGACAGCUAGACCUGACCUGGGAACACCCCCUCAAACCUAAUGGUGUCAUCCUUCACUACAAGAUAUAUGUCAACGAUAAAGUCAACGAACAGGUCCCUGGAAACACUACCGUCAAGACGAUAGCUGGCCUGACUCCUUACACAGAAUACAAAUUCAUCAUUGAAGGGUGUACAUCUGCUGGCUGUACCAAAACGUUGGAGUCGCAACCUGCCCGGACACUUACAGCAGCUCCUGAGGGCAUAGCACCCCCAACCAUGGACUCACAGACUCCAACCUCAGUCCUUGUGAUGUUCACCAAGCCGUCGUUACCCAACGGUGUCAUCUCCAAGUACUCCAUUGAGCGACAACUGAAUGGGACAACAUCUGUUAUCAUCGUGAAGGAGUUUAGACCAAAUGACGAUCUGAAGAUGGUUGAUGCAAACAACUUGGCGCCUUACACUGUUUACCAGUACCGAGUGACGGCUACAACUGGUGCUGGAGUUGGAAGGAGCAAUUGGGCAGACGUCAGGACUAAACCAUCGAAGCCAGGUGGUAUGAACCCUCCAUACGUUGUGGUCCUUGGGGCAGACACCCUGAACAUCUCGUGGCAGUUCCCGAUCACUCCCAACGGUGCCAUCCAGUCCUACAUCAUCAAACUGCCUGAGCCAAGGCUAGAGGUCAGGGAUCCUGCACAGACCAACCUGGUUGUGUCCAAGCUAACACCCUACACUUCUUAUAGUGUCACAGUUACGGCAUGUACCUUUGAAGGUGGCUGCAGCGAGAGUGCGCCAACAGUCGUCCGGACCCAAGCCACCAAGCCGUCGGGCAUGAAACCACCAGUUGCCCAGUCAAUAUCUCAAAACCUCAUCUCAAUCCUGUGGCAGCCUCCAACGAAUCCAAAUGGACCAAACAUCAAAUAUGAGCUGGCUAGGAUGAAGUUGAAGCAACCUCUGGACUCAUCUGCAGGAGGUUUCGACUCUUGGCAGAGUGUUUACCAAGGCACUGGUACUUACUACGAAAACAAACCGUUGACCAUUCUAACAACCUACAAAUACAGAGUGACCGUUUUCAAUGGGUUUGACAGUCUGAUUACCGAGGCGUCUGCUGAAGUGACCACAUUUGGAGGAAUGCCAACAGUGGCACCAGUUGUCAAGGCCAUUGCUAUUGACCAUAUCUCUGUUGGACUGAACUGGACAACACCAAGUGUGGUUGAACUGCAAGGAUAUGUGGAAAAAUUCAGUGUGGCCAUCACAAGUACAAAGGACCAAUCCACCAAGACGUACCCAGCAGGGACAAGCACUGCUAUUGUCAGCAACCUCCUCCCUAACACAGAAUACACAUUCGUCAUGACGACAAUUGUAACAGGAGGUGGUAGCAUCAAGAGUGUCGCUGUUAAAGCUGACACAAAGGAUGGAACCCCAGUUGGUCUCAAUGCCCCAACCCUGACCGUAGUCAGUGACAAUUCACUCCGUGUCACCUGGACAGCGCCAAGCAACCCGAACGGAGAGAUCACAGCCUAUAAUAUCUACGUAGAUGGCGAGAACAUUACAACCGGCAUGACCGUACCUGGAUCAUAUGCCGUCACUGGUCUGAAACCAUACGUGAUAUAUUCUGUGCAGGUUGAAGUGUGCACUGUGUACUCAUGUUCGAAGAGCAAUGCCACUGAGGGUGUGACCAAGGAAGCCAUCCCUCAGCUCAUCUACAGCCCUACACCUGAGGUGCUCAGUUCCACGGCCAUAAAGGUUGUUUGGAGAAAGCCGGGCAAACCUAAUGGAAUCAUCCUCAAGUAUGAGAUCUGGAGGAAGACAACUGUGCCUUGCUCUACCACACCCGCUCCUGACCAGAACACCACCCAAGGGAUCUCCAAGUGUACCUACAUUGAGUGCGGUGCCAAGGAAGCACUAUGUGGUACAACAUGUUUCUCCGGCUCGAAGGUCUGCUGCAGUGGCUCCAUCUAUGAUUUAAAACCAGGAUAUGACUGCUGCGGAACGAGUUAUACAAAUAAACGUCAGGCAACCACCGACGUCUGCUGCGGAGGGAAGUUCUACACAAAACAAACAGACUAUCAGUGUUGUGGUAAAAGUUAUGUCAAGGUCGCUCAAGGUCAGAUCUGUUGCCCUGAUUCAACUCAGGAUAGGGUCGAUGUGGGAUUCGGAGACAGCUGUUGCGGAUCGAUACCAUAUGUUAAUUCUGGAGCUCAGGUGUGCUGUUUCGGUCAACUCCACGAUCGCUAUGGCAAGCAAUGUUGUGGCAAUGCCCUGGUGAAGGAUUCUCUCGUCUGCUGCGGGAAUUACACAGAAGGAAAGGCGUAUGUGCAGAACACGGACUUGACCUGUUGUGGCACGCAGUUUGUGGAUAGUAACACCACUACGUGUUGUACAUCGAAUACGAAAGUUUCAAAGGUGCACACGUACUCCAGUGCCGAUGCCCUGCGGAAUUCUAAUGAGAAGUGCUGUGGUACGGAACGCAUCUCCAAUGGUCUUAGCUGCUGUAACAAUGCCGGAUACAACCCAACUCAACAGACAUGCGCAGAUAAGUCAGACGCUGAAUCGGGAUGUGGUUACAGUGUCGUUUGUCCAGUUGCGCAAAAAGAGAAUGCGUUCUGUGAUCGGUGUAACUUUGAUAAAACUCAGAAGAGUUGUCAGAGCGUCCCAGGCUUUUAUAAUCCGAUUGUGACUCCGACUUCAGCACCAACUACGUCGCCUACAGAAUGUACGCUAGGACCUACCAAAGUUACAAUAGCUGAUCCAGAGGUGUUGUCUUACACAGACAAAGACCUCUACCCAUACACGAGAUAUGAAUACGCCGUUGUAAUAGUGAAUGGUGCAGGAAACGGACUGAGCGAUUACACCCCAGUGACUACAGCAGAAGAUAAACCAGUCGGUGUGAGCCCACCCAAAGCAACAGUAAAACCAGGCCGCUAUGACACGAUCAUCCUGACAUGGGACCCGCCAACCAGAGCCAAUGGAAUCAUUAGCAAUUAUUUGUUAUUCCGGGAUGGAAUUGGUGAGAUCUACCGGGGCAUCACCAUGAGUUAUUCAGACAAUAAUCUGAUCUACCCGUACAAGACGUACACAUAUUACAUCCGGGCAUGUACUGGAGCAGCCGGAUGUACAGACAGUGACAAAGUGACGGUAGCCACUUUGCAGGGACAACCUGAGGGCGUCCAUGAGCCUGUGUUGAAUGUGGUCAAUUCUAGUACCAUCCAUCUGAAGUGGACCGAGCCUGGCAACCCUAACGGUUUGAUACUGAGCUAUGUUGUGUACCAGCUCGGAUCGGGACAGGUGGUGAAUGCUACUGCUGCUAUCUUCGAACAUGACUUAACUGGUCUGAUACCUAACACAGAAUACCAGUUCAUAUUGCAAGCUUGCUCUGUGGCUGGUUGUACCAAUAGCUCAGUGUCAAAGGCGAAAACAAAGCAGGAUAAGCCAGAAGGUCUUUCCGCUCCUACCAUCCUCGUCAUCAAUGCUUUCCAGGUGGAAGUCUACUGGAAACUCCCGCUGAAAAUCAACGGCAUUCUCAUCUAUUUCAAGCUCUAUCGUCGUCAAGGCAACACCAUCACACAGGUCCAACAGUUCUCAACAGAUGUAACUAAAGCGAAAGAUAACGGUUUGCAACCGGGUACCACGUAUUUCUAUUUCAUCGAGGCUGCAACAAUAGCUGGUGGCACUAACAGCUCGGAAUCUCCAAUUAUCAUGCCAACACAGACACCGGAAGGCAUCAAAGCGCCAUCUAAUGUCACGGCAUUAGAUUCAAACCGGAUUUUGGUAGAGUGGCAACCGGCAACCAAACCGACUACGGGAAUUGAUCAGUACCGGAUUGUCCUAAAUGCUGGUCAGGUAGAUGAGGUUGUCAGUGUUGCAUAUGAUGCUGCAACACGUAGUGCAAUCAUUCAGAACUUAAAACCGUUCGUAACGUAUGACGUCAGAAUGCGCGCUUGUCUGGCAAAUCUGAAAAAUGGUUGCGGGAAUGGGCCAGGAAAGAGUGUAACGACACAUGAGGCACCCCCUAGUGGACAGAAGGCUCCAACUCUUUUCCCAAAAAGUUCUACCAUCAUUGACGUCUCAUGGGAAAAACCAACCGAUGCAAAUGGAAAGAUUCUGAAAUAUUUGAUAUAUAAACGUGUGUUUGGGACAAACGGGGAGCUGCUUAUCUAUUUCUCAGAUGGCGAGACAUUUACUCUGACUAAUGCCGAUCCCGGCAUGAAACCGUUCACCUUCUAUGAAUAUAAGGUGGUUGCCGAGAACUCCAAGGGGAGAACCACUAGUCCAUGGGCUCGUGUUCAGACACCACAGGCUGUGCCCCAAGGUAUAGCUCCUCCACAGAUCAACAAAACGAGCCCAUAUGGGUUUAAAGUCCAAUGGAAGGUUCCAGAGAACCCAAAUGGGAUUAUCACCAUCUAUCGGCUCAGUUACACGGUUAUUUCUAAUGAUCCGACUGACCGUCCUCCAGUUUUCAAUAUCACCGUCCCAGGUGAUGUUCUGCUGACGUCUUUCAGUGGACUCUCCCCCUACACCAAGUACAGACUGCGAGUGAUUGCGAUGAACAACGCUGGUGAAGGAGUGUCUGUGUGGGUGUCUGGUACGACCGGGGAGGCUGCCCCUGCAGGUCUGGAGGCCUUUAAGGUCACUCCUCUUGAAGGUGGCAAUGCUGUCAAUCUGAAGUGGAAUGCGCCUUCACAGCCCAAUGGAGUAAUCACAACGUAUCGAAUAUAUGAUGGAGACAAACAAGCCCCUAUUUACAGUGGAAGUUUUCCCGAGUUUGAAUAUGGUGGAACUUUGACUCCGUUUACAAGUUAUACAGUACAGUUAGAAGCCUGUACCACCGGUGGCUGUGCCCGGGGACAGAAGCAGACAAUCCAAACAGCAGAGGUCAUGCCAAAGGAUCAAACUCCACCAACUUUUGGAAAAGUUAAUUCGACACAUGUUGUUAUACGAUGGACAGCCCCAAUUCGUGCUAACGGCAAGAUCAAUAUAUACCGAGUUUAUCGUACAGAAUCGGCAAUUAGUUCCAAGUCGAAGCGUGCUACAGGUACGAUUAUCUAUUCAACAGAUAAAACGGAUGCAAAUAGCUAUGAGUAUGCGGAUGGAACAGUUAAACCAUAUCGCCGAUAUGAUUAUAAUGUUGAAGCGUGUAACUCGAAAGGUUGCAUCACCAGUCCUUCUAAUGGCGUGGAAACUGCACAAGCUCCACCUAGUGGACUAGUGAAACCUAGCGUACAGUAUCACGGUACUGUGGCUGGGUCUUUAAACAUCAGUUGGUCACUACCUUCCGAUGUCAAUGGCAUUCUUCAAGGUUAUCAGCUGCGAAGGAAUGCAAGUGUCCCUUUGAGUUUUACACCUACGGAUGCCAAAUGGUACAUAGACAAUGGCCUUACGGCAUACACGUGGUAUUCUUACACCGUGACUGCAUGCACUGGAGGAGGAUGCUCUACUAGUGCCCCGGGUAUGCUGCGGACCAGGGAAACACCCCCGCUUGAAGUAGAUGCACCAAAACUAACAGCUGCGGGUGCAACAGCUAUCGGGGCAAACUGGGUGAUGCCUCAGAUUACGAAUGGCGUCAUUAAUAGAUACAUUCUGUACAUGGAUGAUUUAGUCAAAUACGAGGGGAUGACAUUGGAGUACAAGCUGACAGGUCUGAUUCCUUACCAGGCGUACACGUUUAUUCUAGCAGCUUGCACAAGUGGUGGCUGCAAGAACAGUAGCGCCAUCGCAGGGCGCCCUGGGGAAGCCGCACCGCUAGACAUACCGGCUCCAACACUUCAAGUAACAAGUGCAAAAUCGAUAGAAGUCACCUGGGUGCCACCAUUAAAACCAAAUGGGAUCAUAACAUCUUAUGAAAUUCGUAGAGAUGGUACUUUAGUCAAUACGACAGUCGGAAACCAGCACACGGAUUAUGACCUCGUCCCUGGGACUCGCUACUCUUACACAGUGACUGCUUUUAACAGUAAAGGAAAGACAACAAGCCCAGCUACAACAGCGACCACCUAUUCAUCAUCCCCCUUGGGCAUCCUGCCACCACAACUAGAAGUCCUCUCAAACACUGCUAUUCGGGCAAAAUGGACUGCCCCAGCGACACCAAAUGGACAAAUUGUCAACUACACUUUGUAUAAAGACACUGAGAACGUUUUUUCCGCAGUGAGCGCUUUUGAUUAUAUCGUUCGUGGAUUAUCAUAUUAUACAAAGUACUCAUUCAGAAUUCAAGCAUGUACGUCUGCUGGGUGUGCUACAAGUGAUAUCGCCACGGCAACGACCAAUGAAGCAGCCCCAAGCAACGUUGGUCCUCCAACACUGACUGCACGCCAUGAUAAUACCGGCAGCCAUAGAGAUAUUCAGAUCACGUGGGUGACACCAAGUCAACCAAAUGGCAUCAUCAGUCGAUAUGAGCUGAGCAGACGGAUGGUAAUUAAGAAAACACCAUCCUACACCUAUGGACCAAUCAUCCUGGUCUUCAAAGGCUUACCUACCCCACUAGAGUAUACUGAUAACGACCCUAAACUGAAGCCAUACCAGGAGUAUGAGUACAGGCUCAGUGUCUACAACAAAGUUGGCUACGCCAACAGCACAUGGGCAGGCGUCAAGACUUACGAGUCUCCACCAACAAGUCUCAAGCCACCUGUAGUUAUUGCAAAAACCGCCACCAUCAUUUCUGUAGAGAUAACACCACCCUCAGAACCAAAUGGCGUAAUUUCGCGAUACAGUGUCGUUGUCAAUGGAGAAGUGCGCAACCAGAGUUUGUCGCCAAGCCUCACAGCAAGUGGAUUAGAGCCAUGGACCACGUACUCCAUCCAGGCUGAUGCCUGUACGCCACCUGGCUGUACCCGCAGUAAUGCCACAAGUGUACAGACAGCAGCGGCAAAACCUGUGGGUUUGGCAGCUGCUGUAGUUCUACAGAGGACAGCAACUAGCGUCAUGCUGAAGUGGCAGGCUCCAGCAAAACCGAAUGGCAUCAUUAGCAGCUAUGAGCUACUAAAGAGGACAGCCUGUCCCCCCACAGAGCAGCCUUUCACAGAAGUGUGCAAUGUAGGCUCGUCAGUCUCGGUGUUCCAGGGCUUAACUCUGCAGCAUAACGUGACCGGCCUCAAGCCCUACAUAGCCUACGGCUUCCUGAUCCAAGCCUACAACCAGAUUGGGCCUGUAGAUUUCCCUGUGUGGACCAAUACUGCCACUCUGUCUAAAGCCCCAACCUAUCUCACGGCUCCGACUAUGACGCCUCAGGGAUCCCUCAUUAUUGUCGACUGGUCAAACUCCUUCGGUCUCAAUGGCAAACUCCGAGAGUUCAUUAUGUACACCGACCAGAAGAGAACCUAUAGUGGUUUGGCUGGGAAUGCCAGCAUGGAGAGGGCGUCUAAGGACCAAACAUAUCAGUUCCAAGUGAAGUGUAUCACAGAAAUGGGAGAGGUCACCUCGUCUAGCGUCACUUUUGAUCCAAGUAUGCCUGAUAACAUCGGUACAACAGAUAUGCCACCACCAACUGCUGCUCCUCAAGUGACCCAGUUCUACCAGGAAGUCUGGUUCAUCGCGUUGGUCCUCGUCGUCUCUCUCCUUCUACUCUUCCUCGGUAUUGUGCUCUGUUUACGCUACUCGGGACGAAAUACGCCAUACAUCCGUGAGAGGGCGCCACUGCAGCACAGACACAAACGAAUGCCGUUCGGAAUGAAUUAUUGUAUCGACCCGUAUGAUGGCAGUAUUAUAGCAGCUGACCCCAAUCGCCCAAACAGCCAAGCAAGUCUCAUCAGUGUCAAGAACCAACAACAGCCUGGAUUCGUUAACCCGGCAUUCCAGCGGUCGAACCUGACGAUACAUCAGGACCCAGACGGUAGUAUCGUGGACCUCUCAUUCGAUAAACUCUCGCAUAAAUCGUCCAAGUAUCUGAGUGAUGAUGAUGAGGAGGAGGAACAACCAGCUUGGGAUGCUCAUCUACCCCCGAUGGAUAGCGGGUUAGGUGGUUUAACGUAUGAUGAGGACUUCGCCGACAACAAGCCGUAUAGUUCAAUGGCCGUCCAGAAAGAACAAAUGACAUUUACUGAUACUCACUUAUGAUGAACAAUGUGAUGUCUGUUUCAUAACAGCCGUGAAUUCAUAAGUUGUGCAAUUAAUGUAUAUUUUGGAUAUACAGUAGAACCUCCAUCAGCGGACACCUCUCUAAUAAGGACACCCUCUCUAUUAAGGACACUGAUUUUGGUCCGAAAUUGAAUUACCAUUCAAUUUUACCUCUCUGAUCAGGACACCUCGCUAUUAAGGACAGUACUUUUCAGUCCCACGGGUGUCCUUAAUAGAGAGGUUCUACUG